AUGCUGCAGAGACCUUCCUCCCUGCAUGGCUGGGGGGCCUGCCACCACAGCUUCACCUCUGCACCCCUUCCCUCCCCAGCGGGGACCCUCUUGAUCGUGAAAAACUACACUGGGGACCGGCUGAACUUCGGGCUGGCACUGGAGCGGGCACGGGCGGAGGGGGCCGAUGUGCAGAUGGUAGUUGUGGGGGAUGACAGCGCCUUCACCACCCAGAAGAAGGCAGGGCGCCGCGGGCUGUGUGGCACGGUGCUCAUACACAAGGUGGCUGGGGCCUUGGCCGAGGCGGGAGCGAGCUUGAGUGAGAUCGUAAAGACAGUGUCGGCAGCUGCCAAAGCUAUGGGUACCCUGGGCCUCAGCCUGUCCCCUUGCAGCGUCCCUGGAUCCAAGCCCACCUUCCAGCUGGCUCACGAUGAGAUGGAGCUGGGACUGGGGAUCCAUGGCGAAGCGGGUGUGCGCAGGAUGAAGGUGGUGUCGGCAGACGAGGCUGUGGAGACCAUGCUGACACACAUGACGGACCCUUCCAACGCCUCCCACCUGUCUCUGAGCCCCGGCAGCUCUGUGGUGCUGGUGGUGAACAACCUGGGUGGCCUGUCCUACCUGGAGCUGGGCAUUGUGGCCGGCGCAGCCGUACGUGGCCUGGAGAGCCGAGGCAUCCACAUCGCCAGGGCCUUGGUGGGCUCCUUCAUGACAGCACUGGAGAUGGCCGGUGUCUCGCUCACCCUCAUGCUAGUGGAUGACGAGCUCCUGGGGCUAAUCGAUGCCAAGACCACAGCCAUGGCUUGGCCCAGCCUGGCUGCAGCACCUGCAACAAGCCGGAGAGAGGAGGUGCCAGCGCCAAAGGAGGAACUGCAGACAGUGCAGCCUGCAACCAGCACGGGGCCUGGCGGGCAGCGGGCACAGCUGGUCCUGGAGCACGUGUGCAGCACCCUGCUUGCCAUGGAAGACAAGCUCAAUGAGCUGGACCGUGCUGCGGGUGACGGGGACUGCGGCCACACGCACGCCCGGGCUGCCCGAGCCAUCCAGGAGUGGGUGCAUGCCCGGCCCCCACCGGCAGCCCCGGCCCAGCUCCUCUCCGCACUGGCAGACCUGCUGUUGGAGGAGAUGGGUGGCUCCUCUGGGGUGCUCUAUGGGCUCUUCCUGACGGCAGCUGCCCAACCCCUGCACAACCGUAGCGACCUCCCAGCCUGGGCUGAUGCCAUGGACGCCGGCAUCGAAGCCAUGCAGCGGUAUGGAGGAGCUGCUCCAGGGGACAGGACCAUGCUGGACUCGUUGUGCGCCGCCAGGGAGGUCCUGCAAGCCCUGCGCACCCCUGGCGCCAAGCUACUGCAAGUGCUGGCUACGGCUGUGCAGAGCGCGGAGGCUGCAGCGGAGGCGACCAGGCACAUGGAAGCUGGUGCUGGCAGAGCCAGUUACAUUAGCUCAGCCCAGCUCCUGCAGCCAGACCCUGGGGCGGUGGUGGCGGCGGCCGUGCUGCGGGCCGUGCUGGAGGGGCUGCAAAGCUGAGAGGUGGCCCUCACUGCUGAUCCCCUUGUCUGGCAGCCUCUCCUGUGCCCCAGGGCUUGGGGCUGGCAGGAGUUCAGAAAACACUCCCCACCCAUCCCUAAUAAACCUUUGUGGUCCCCC